CGUGGCAUUUCCAGCUCUUCGCCCGACCAAUCAGAGAGUCCUUACGUCAAAACACUUCCGCUUUGCUCCCCAGCUUGUCUUUCCAGUAGAGCGGCCGGUGUGAACACGCAUCAGGAGUGGACAACACGUAGCCUGCAGGUUGAGAACAGACAUUAAGAUGCCUCCAAAGAAGACAGAAGCUCCUAAGCAACCUCCAUUGAUUGGACGAUUUGGAACAUCCCUAAAAAUAGGAAUAGUGGGAUUACCUAAUGUUGGGAAAUCCACAUUUUUCAAUGUGCUGACUAAAAGUCAAGCUGCUGCGGAAAACUUCCCCUUCUGCACAAUUGACCCAAAUGAGAGCAGGGUACCCGUUCCUGAUGAGCGCUUUGAUUUCCUCUGCCAGUACCACAAACCUGCCAGUAAGGUUCCCGCUUUCCUGAAUGUUGUGGACAUUGCUGGUCUGGUGAAGGGAGCUCAUUCCGGACAGGGACUCGGAAACGCCUUCCUCUCUAACAUCAGUGCUUGUGAUGGGAUCUUCCACAUGACUCGUGCGUUUGAUGAUGAGGAUAUCAUCCACGUGGAGGGCAACGUCGACCCGGUGAGGGACAUCGAGAUAAUCCACGAGGAGUUGCGGCUAAAAGACGAAGAAAUGAUCGGUCCAAUCAUCGACAAACUGGAGAAAACUGCUGUCAGAGGAAGUGACAAAAAACUGAAACCUGAAUAUGAUAUCAUGCUGAAAAUAAAAAACUGGGUGGUAGAAGAGAAGAAGCACAUCAGAUUUUACCAUGACUGGAAUGACAAAGAGAUUGAAGUUCUGAACAAGUACCUGUUUCUGACUUCCAAGCCCAUGAUCUACCUGGUUAAUCUUUCAGAGAAAGAUUACAUCAGGAAAAAGAACAAGUGGUUGGCAAAAAUCAAGGAGUGGGUAGAUGCUCAUGAUCCUGGCGCUAUGGUCAUUCCUUUAAGUGGAGCUUUGGAGUUUAAAUUGCAGGACAUGGAGGAGGAGGAGAGAAAUAAAUACUGCGAGGAACAGAAGACACAGAGUGUUUUGACCAAAAUAAUAAAGACCGGCUAUGCAGCGCUGCAACUGGAAUACUUCUUCACAGCAGGACCAGAUGAGGUGCGAGCGUGGACCAUCAGGAAAGGUACAAAAGCUCCUCAGGCUGCUGGAAAGAUCCAUACUGACUUUGAGAAAGGCUUCAUCAUGGCCGAGGUGAUGAAGUUCACAGACUUCAAAGAAGAGGGCAGUGAAACUGCAGCCAAGGCUGCUGGGAAGUACAGGCAACAGGGCAGGAACUACAUUGUGGAGGACGGGGACAUUAUCUUUUUCAAAUUCAACACACCCAACGCACCCAAAAAGAAAUAAGACCACAGAGUCACUGGGUUGGGGGGAUCAAAACUUAGAAUACAGUUUAGUCCCACAGAGCACACUGUCUGCUGGUUUUCAUACUUCUUUUUUGAUUCCGAUGGCUUCAGUUGUUCGAGUCAGUUUUUGGUAACAAUGCUUUAGUUGUUCAUGUGUUUUUAACACGCAACAGACUGGUUUUUUUGAUAAUUUAAUUUAAAGAAAAGCUCAGACUUCUUUUGAGACAGGUUUCUGUUUUGGAUUUUUUAAGACUUAAGUGUUUUAUUCCUCUGAGCAGCUUGUCUUUUCUCUCUUCAUGAAUUGCCGUCAUGGCCACAGCUGAUUAAUCUGUAAAUUUUCACAUCCUAUUGAGCCUGUUGUUUGGUGCUUUAGUAAGGGCAGGCGUGGCCAUUCUAUCAUAAAAAUACUCAUAAUUGCAUAAAGCAACAAUCUGCUGCAGGUGAAUUAGUUUUAGAUGUCAUCCCUUAAAAUUUAAAAAGAGCAGUACAGUGCAAUUCAAUUAAAAAAGUGCUAAAAUAUAUUUCUUCUGUUAGGGGAGAACGAAAACCAUCGGUCGGUGUUUCAUUGAGGGUGGGGCUGAACUGUAUUGUGCUGGUAAUGUGAGGGAUAUUAUUUUAGAAAGAGGAAAGGAGGCCUCGGUGACAGUGCCUCAUCAGAUUCCUGAACAGAAAGCUGCUUUUAUUGAUUUACAGACUCCUGAUGUAAAGGAGUCCGCCCCGCAUAACGAGAGAAUGCACCAUUGUGGAUCAUUUGGACUGUACAGCUUUAAAUCGCAUCAUGUUUCACCUCUCUCACUGCCCACAAACUAUGCUCAUUUUCAUAAACAUGCUGCCGCACUGUGGACUAAAAUGGAAAUCUUUCUAACCUAUGGGAACCAGUGUAUAAUAAGUAUCACCCUCAUCAAUAUGCACGUCUCAAUAAAAGGAGAUAAACCUGUUA